UAAGUGGGGAUAUCUGAAACAUGAGACGCGCGUUCUGUUCCGAAAGCGACCGCACAGGGACCUCAUCUGGAAACGAGGCCCACCCCUCCAGACAUCCUAGGAACCGGAGUGGGUCACACAGUAGCCAGGAGGAAGGAGAGGGAAUAAAGUCAAGGGCAGGGGAGGAGGUGGCGGCGGUGCGAGGAGGUUGCCCUGCUCCAGCUCGACUCCACUUCGGGGGUCGCUCGGGUUCCCCUCCCCACCUCACCCCACCCCGACCCCGGUUCCUGGGCGAAGGCAGCGAACAGCCCGGAGCAAGGGCCAGCCUCCGGAAGGCCCCUCCCCUGGCCCGCCGCCGGCCCGCCUCUCCAUCUCCCAGAUAAAUGACUCGAGUGUCCUCCUCAUCCAACUCCUCUCCGCCUUCCCUCUCACCCUCCGAAGGCAGGCGAGGGCGGCAGGGCGAGGAGGGGAGCCGAGGCGCGGCGGGCGCACCCUCCCCAUUCCCUUGCCCCCUCCUUCCCAGGGGUUGCCGGAGGCCAGCAUGUCCACGGGCUCCCUGAGCGAUUCGGAAGACCUGCCCGAGGUGGAGAUGCUGGAAUGCGACGAGGGCCUGACGAUGGAUGGCUCUUCCCGGCUCCGUCGGCCGCCGCCGCCACCCCCUCCUCCCCGGCGCGGCCCGUCCCACGAGGCGAGCCAUGAAGAGGGCUCCGCCGGCGAGCUGGGCUCCCCUCCGCCGGGGAGAGGCGGCGCGCCCGCCGCGGGCAAGAGGAAGAAGGUUCCCGGCAAGAAGAGCCCGCUGAGCGGCCUGGGCCAAGAGGGCAAGCAGGUCCAGCGGCACGCGGCCAACGCCCGCGAGCGGGCUCGCAUGCGGGUCCUGAGCAAAGCCUUCUCCCGCCUGAAGACCACCUUGCCCUGGGUGCCGCCGGACACCAAGCUCUCCAAGCUAGACACCCUCCGUCUGGCCUCCAGCUACAUCGCCCACCUGCGGCAGAUCCUGGCCAGCGACAAGUACGAGAACGGCUACAUCCACCCCGUCAACCUGACUUGGCCCUUUAUGGUUGCUGGCAAACCAGAGAAUGAGCUGAAAGAAACAGUGAACACAACUCGGUUGUGUGGUCCUACAGCAUCCUGACCCAAGAUUUUCAAGCACAGGGAUACCAGCCUUCUGUGUGUAUAUGCAGGUGUUUCUGCCUGUGUGUGUGUACAUGCAUGCGUGUGCAUACUUGUGUAUGUGAAUGGUGGUGGUGAAUUAAGAAGGAGCCAACCACAUUGCUUCCCCAUGAAAAAACACUAAAUCUGAAGAGGAGAGCAAAUGCACCACGCCAAAGGCGGCGGGGGGGGGGGGGAAGGCUGGCAUCCCAAAGAGCAUAUAUUUAACUUUAUUAACUUGUAUAUAUUUGAAUAUCCUGCAACAACGCCUUGCUGGUUCAAGUGCUGUUCUCUGAUCCCACCAGACUUUGCCACUGUCAGUUUUUGUGUGCCCUUCCUUGUGAAAGACGGCGAUUCCUAGAAUCAAUUAUUCUGAUAGUCACAUCUCUCUCAAAGAAUUCACAUUAAAGAUAUUCUAUGGAUAUAUUUUCUUCAGACAGAUUUUGCUAUAUUUUGUGUGAAUAAAAACCUGGUCCUUAAGAGGAAAAGAAACAAAAAUAACACAUAUAGUAGUGUGGGUUUCUUUGAAUUUGUUAAAAAAUGUUUUUUGUUUUUGUUUUGUUGAACAGGACCAUAUUAUUGGCUCACCUAGAAAUCUUAAGACAGCACAAUGCAUCACAAUGCAAAACUAUUUGACCCUGGGUUAUGAAUUGUUUAUUUUCUUAAUUAAGAAGAGGUAGAUUGUGUCCUUUGGGAGAAGGUGCGUUGUUUGGAGGACUAGAAAAACAGUGUGCCUUAUUCGGAAGAAGGAAGGAAGGAAGAAAGAAACAAAGAAAGAUUUUUUAAAUCAAAUAUGUAAUAAGAGAGCUUUAAUUGGGAAGUGGGUACGUUAUGACAUCAGCGGUGGAAUAGAAUAUUUUAUGAAGUUAGCUCAAUCCAGAAACUGAUCAAGGCAGAGGAACUGGAUUUUGAAACAUUUUCACUACUAAUACUUUUAACAGCAGAAUCCUAUGCAUAUUUACCAGGUAAUUGCAUAUAGAAUUAUAGCCUAAGACUAGGAUUUAUCAGUUGUGAACAUAGUUAAUGUGAAAUUGGAUGUGGAAGACAGCCGGUUUUCAAUUGCCUUACAUUCCAGAUAUAAUAUAGGUGUAUUUUUGCAAGAGAUGAGAACUACGUCUUUUAGUAUAUGAUGUGUCCUUCCUGAAUGUUGCCAGUGCACGGCUGAAAGUGGAAGAGAACCACAUGGAGGUAAGCACCAUAUCUUUCAGUGGCAUUGCCUUGAAACGAAGUGUUUGUAGGAUUAAACAAUUUGAUUCCUACAUGGAAAAAAGCCUCGUGAUUUCAGAAGAAUGAACUGCCAAGUAUGUCUCUAGAAUUAGGUUGUCGGUGUCAUUGAUCGUAAACACCUUUAUUUGAAAAUAAGUUCCAUUUUCAUGCACAUAAAGUAUUUAGGACUGGGGUGAAACUUGGGGGGAAAGUGCUAUCAAAUUUACAUUCCAACAUCCUUGCUUAGCUGUGUUGUAGAUCUCCCUUUAUAUAGUUGGGUUGCUUUUCAUAAACCAGUAAUGAUAGAAGGUAUCCAGUUACGCUGUCUGCAUGCUGCCUGAAGGGAUCUGUCAGCAGAAUGAGGGAGGGAAGCAAUUUUUAAUAAUUCUCCACCCCCCUGUAGCUCUCCAUGUUCCCCUAAAUCUUCUCGGAAGGGUCUCCAAACAAUCCAGACCAAUGGGUGGCAGUGAGACUUUGGAGGAUGCAGUCAUUAGUCAUUUAAGGUCAAUAAAUGAUUGAUUGGAGAGAAAUAAUACAUUAUCCCAACAUCCACUGAGGGCACCUUCUUAAUGAUGUUAUCUGUGCAUCUGGUUUAUACAACAAGGCCAAUGAAAAUAGGUGGUUUUGGUGGCUAGUUUCCCCUUCCCCAAACCUUGACACAUACACACCCAAUCCAAUUUCAAGCACCUUUAGGAAGUGUUGUAAGACCUACCUGGAUGGGAUAGCCUUUAAAACUCAGGAAAAGGACAGAAUUUCAAUAAAUUUGAUGAAAACUUACUCUGUUUUGCUGGGAUGCAUGCAUUUGCUUACUCUGUUGUCAGCCUGGUGUGGAUUAGGUUGAAUGGGCCAUACAUCUGCCUAACGUUAUAAUUUAUUUUUGGUAAGCAUUGACACAUUCCUGGUCAGCUGCUACUCCAAAUUCUCUUCAGUCCGAGGAUCACUGAAGUCUGUAAAGAGAGGGUCCCAUACUCUUGCUUUCUAUCAGAGAUGUGCCUCAUUUUGUUGUCUGCCAGAGUGAUAACUAGAAUGAAGGGGCAGAUGUUGCAUCACAGUUUUUUUUUGGGGGGGAAGAGGUGUCAGAAUUUUCUAGAAUCAGGGUCAAUAACACAUAUGUGUAUCAAAUCUGUGGCUGUGAGCACAUUAGUCACAGUAAAGCGUUUCCAUUGGCCACACCUGGUGGGGCAACGAGUUGAUCUGCUGAUCAGUUGUGAAAUCUGUUUGAAGGUGAAUUUUUUAAAAAAACACUCAAGCUCAGGUUUUACAGUAAAAAGGGGCGGGGUUUGACUAGUGUAGUGUGCCCCCAUUUUCAGAAGAGAGAGGUGGAGAUGCACCAGAACCAGC